AUGCUAGAUUUAGAAAAGAACGCAUUAUCAGGAAGGAUACCAGAGUGGAUAGGGGAAAGCCUGCAAGAUUUAAUUGUUCUUAGUCUGCAAUCCAAUAGAUUUUUUGGAAACAUUCCCCUCCAGCUAUGCCAUCUAGCAAACAUUCAGGUCUUGGACCUUUCUUUAAACAAUAUUUCAGGAACUAUACCAAAAUGUAUCAACAAGUUUUCUGCCAUGACUCACGAAUGGGAUACCAAUGCCACCCUCACCACCGACUAUAUCCCCUCUGGAAUUACUUAUCACCUCGGGAUCUAUGAGUAUUUUAACAAUGCAGUGUUGACAUGGAAAGGAAGUAACUUCGAGUUCAAGAAUACUCUAGGAUUGGUAAAGAUCCUUGACCUUUCAAGCAAUAUACUAAGUGGAGAAGUUUCUGAAGAGAUUAUGAGUCUUACAGGAUUGGUUGGCUUGAACCUUUCCAGAAACAAUUUGAGUGGAGAAAUCACUUCAAAAAUUGGUUAUUUAAAAUCAUUGGAUUUCCUUGAUUUAUCAAGAAAUCAGUUUUCUGGUGAAAUUCCUCCAACCCUUUCACUAAUAAGUGGUCUUAGUGUCCUUGACCUUUCAAAUAACAACUUGUCAGGCAGAAUACCAUCAGGCACCCAACUCCAAAGCUUCAAUUCCUCAACGUAUGGGGGGAAUCCCGGUUUGUGUGGGUUGCCACUUCCAACUAAGUGUCCAGGUGAUGAAUCAGCUCAAGGUUCAGCCACAAAUAAUGGAGGAAAAGAGGACACAACCACUAAUAAUGGAGGAAAAGAGGACACAGACGCUCCAAAAGACGACCUAUGGUUUUAUUUGAGUUCGGUAAUUGGUUUUGUAGUAGGGUUUUGGGGAGUUUGUGGGACUUUAUUGUUCAAAGCUUCGUGGAGACAUGCCUACUUCAAUUUCUUGAUUGAUGCGAAAGACUGGCUUUAUGUUACAGCAGCUGUUAGUAUUUCCAAACUGCGAACAAGGCUUAGUUUCUAA